AGAAAACCGGCUCACUGGCGAGCAUACUUGUGUUUGCACUCCGUUUCCUUAUAUUGAACUUCCAUUUAACAGCAACCGGCUGGUUGUGAAUCGCUACAGCCACUUCUAAAUUCUAAAGAAUUCCGGAGUUGUUUCCUGUAAACUCGUCGUGACCCAUUUCCCGGUUUCUUAACUUGACGACGCCUUCUGACGUUAGCCGUAGAAACUAAAAGGAACUCACCUGGCUGGCUCGGGAACGGACGAGGAGGAUAAGAACUAACUAACUAACUAACUAACUAACUAACUAACUACCUAACUUGUAGUCUGUCUGGCUAUCACCAGACCGAGCUCAAUCUUUUAAGACUGAACGUUAAAUCAAGUCGCCGGCAGAUCGGCCUCGGUUUAUCCAGACUAUCAAACUUCUCCUCUAGAAAAACUAACUUUUCCACGAGCUGUCAGUCAAACCAUGUGAACUCGCGACCUGUUUUUGAGGAAAUUGUAGCUUCUUUUUUUUUUUUUUUUUUUUAAAAACGUUUAUGGCCCCGCGGACAGUGCGGUUUAUUAUUGAAGAAGUUAUAACUAACAGGAACUUCCGGGCUUGCGACUACAGCCCUAUAUACUGUCUUAUAUACUGUCUAUGCUACAGCCAGGCAUUUGGCACAGUGAGUAGGAAGCAUGGAUCUGGAAGGCGUUGUCACCCAUGGCAUCCCGCUGCAGACCUUCAAGACCAAUGGGAACGAUGGAGCGUCAUAUUCCUCUCAUGAACAGGGGGGAGCAGAUGAUGUAGAUGGUGCGCCCCACAGGAACCCUGAUACAACCGAGCGACAGGGGCUGCUUCCUGCACAGACUCCCAGUUGUAAUGGGGAGACGGUGGACCAUGCAGCAGGAGCUCAAAACAAACUGGGGAAUACAUACACUCCUCAAAAGAACAGCUCCGUGGACAGGAUAAAGAGAGAGCUGAAUGAGGUUGUCUACAGGAAAGUCAAACUGUGGAUGGUCAUCCUCUUCAUCUUUCUUCUCAUUGUGGCUGUGAUAAUAAUCUCGCUGUACCUGUGUUCAGUGAUCUACGAGGACGAGGAUGAGAACUUUGACCGUUCGUUGUUUACAGUUCCUCGGUCUUUCAAUGGGAGCUUCCAACUUCCCAAUCUGGUCUUUACAGAGGAACUUUCCACCCAUUCCUCCAAUGAAAGCCAAACACUCGCUGCUCACCUUCAAGAAAAGCUGGCUGGCCUCUACAGAUCCUCCCCUGCUCUGGGACGAUACUUCUCCGAAGCUGAGAUCUCUGCUUUCAGGAACGGUUCAUUCAUCGCUGACUACCAGCUGACAUUUGUCAUGCCUGAGGAUCAGCAAGAUCAGCUGAGGAACGUAACCCUGAGCAGGGAGAUGGUGUACAACGUGUUCAGACAGUUUCUGUAUGACCAGGAGCAGCCAGAUGAGUCGGGGCAGAUGUACAUUGAUCCAGUUUCCCUAAAAAUGUCUUUAAGACACUAGUGACACAUGUAGGGCUGUAUAUUGGCAAAGAUACGAUACGUAUCACGAUUCAAUAUCUUGCAAUAUAUUUCGAUACUGUGCGUAAGGCGAUAUAUUG